AUGCGCUUUUCUUUUCUGCAGACUCAGUCGUCGUCAUUUCCAAUCAUACCUCGCCGACGACCACUUCUUGCGCCACAACACCAAAUCCUCGUGGCCCUUUCGAGGUAUCAAGACAUCAUGGCGCCCUCAAAUCAACCGAUGACUCAGGCUCUCCUUGCCAGAGCGCAUUCCCCCGAUACCGUCAACCGCAUUUUCACAGACAAGAUCCAGUAUCGACCUCUCUACCUCCGACCGAGCUCCCCUCCUCCAUCGAAUGCGCGCACUUCCCGUCGCAAAGCCCGCGAAGACGCCAAGAAGAAGCAAAAACUCAAGCCGAAGCCCCUCUCCGCCCGUGAGCGACGUCGACGCGGCCUGUACGAGGUGCCCCGCGAAGGCCAGAAAUACGCAAUCUUUGAACCUCUCCGCCGCCUCUGGCUCGGCUACAUUGAGGAAAUCCUAGGCUCAGAGCUGUACGGAGGAGGAACCGGCGCAGCGGCGAAAUUGACUGCGGCAGAAUUCCACGGGGCUGAGGUCGAAGUCUCUCGCAGCUCCUGCCCAAGCCGCGUCGGGAUCAAAGGCAUCGUUAUCAAGGAUUCCAGAUUCGCCUUUGAGGUCAUUACGCCCAAGAACGAAGUAAAAAUCGUGCCAAAAGAGGGAACAUGGUUCAAGGUCGAGAUACCGGUCAAGGAGCCGGGCGCCGAUGCUGCUUCUGAAGAAACGUCGCGAAGAUUUGUCUUUGAGGUCCUCGGUGACCAAUUCCUCAUGCGCGGCGCGGAUCGGGCCAACAAGAAGUUCAAGAACCACUACUUGAAGAAUAUUUGA